CCUUCCAAUCCCAGAGCACGCACCAGGCGCAGAGCUCGAAAGCUCAAAGCUCUCCAUCCAGGAAACGCCGCCGAAUUCCAUAGCAAAAUCUCGUACUAGUACCAAAAAUCCGGCGAAGUAGCUACAUCCAAGCAACCAUGAGCUUCUCGUCCAUGAGCAAGCAGCAGACGCUGUGCGCCGGCGGCGGCGAGGAGGACGCGCGGGGCGAGGACGAGGCGAUGGAGCUCAUCCCGGGCCUGCCGGAGGAGGUGGCGGAGAAGUGCCUCCUCCACCUGCCCUUCCUCUACCACCGCCUCUUCCGCACCGUCUCCUCCAACUGGAACCGCUUCCUCACCGCCGACACGCCGGCCGCCAAGCCCACCUCGCCUCCUCCGACGGUGUCGCUGUCCCUGCCGUUCCUCUUCGCGUUCGCGUUCGACCCGGCCUCGCGCCGGCUCCAGUGCCAGGCGCUGGACCCCUUCUCGCGCCGGUGGCUGCUGCUCCCGCCCGUGCCCGCCCCCUGCGGCGGGGGCGGGGGCGUCGCCGCCGGGUCCUUCGCCGUCGUUGCGCUUCCCUCCCGCGGCGAGAUCUACGUGAUCGGGGGAGUCGAGGCGGACGGCGGCGAGAAGCCGGUGCGGAGCGUGGCGGUGUACAGCGCGGCGACCAACGGGUGGGGGUUGGCAACGCCGAUGCGGACCGCGCGCGGGUACAUGUCGGCCGGCGAGGUGGGCGGGCGCGUGGUGGUCGCCGGCGAGGACGGCGACGCGGAGGUCCUCGACCCAGACACCGGCCGGUGGUCCCCGGCCGCGGUCCGGGCCGGGGCGGCGGUCGCGCGGUACGACUCCGCGGCGUGCGGCGGGCGGCUGUACGUGACGGAGGGCUGGGCGUGGCCGUUCGAGCGCGCGCCGCGGGGGGCGGUCUACGAGGCGGCGACGGACUCGUGGGCGGAGAUGGCCCGCGGGAUGCGGGAGGGCUGGACGGGCUCCUGCGCCGUCAGCGGCGGGCGGAUGUACAUCGUGGCCGAGUACGGCGAGUGGCGGCUCAAGCGGUACGACGCGGGGCGGGACGAGUGGCGGAUGGUGGGCGGCGGCGGGGUGCCGGCCGAGGUCCGCCGGCCGCACGCCGUCGCCGGGGAGGUCGGCGAGGUUGGUGGGGGCAGGCGGAGGAUUUACGUGGUUGGUGCCGGGCUGGACGUCGCCGUCGGGACCGUCUCCGCCGUUCAGGGCGCGGAGGAGGAGGAGGAGCGGGUGGAGUGGGAGGUGGUCAAGGGCCCAGCGGAGUUCGUCGGGCUGGCGCCGUGCAACGCGCAGGUCCUCUACGCCUGAGCUCUCGCCGCCGGCGGCACCGAAUCCUGGGCACGUCGGUGGCGCGUCGAUCGCCUGCGCACGUGGACCCGGCUGUCAUAACGCCACCCUGCUGCCGCAGCUCACCGCUGACGCAGACUAGCUAGCUAGCUAGCUGAGGCGAGCGCACGGGCGGCAGAGGCAGAGAGCAGAUCGAGGGGCAGGAAGGUCCUUUCCGCCCUUUGUUCUUCUUCCAUCCAGGCUCGUCGUCAGAGCAGAGCAGAGCAUUGCAGAGAGGGAAGCGUGUGUGUAAAACAAAAAUGAUUACACCUACAAGUACAUACAGUAGCUAGUAGUGCAAGUGUUCCACCGCUGCCACUAGACUUUAUUCCACCACUUUACUGCAGACGAUCUUUUCCCCGCGUACGUGUACAUGGUAUUUAUAAUUUCGUGUACUACUAGUAUGCUUCUGGAGCUCAAGUGAAGUGAGCUCGACGUCAACGGCAUCCACCACCAAGCAUCUUGGACAUGGCAAAGCAGCAAACGGAACGAACUGACGCCAAUAGCUUGCUCCCGGAUUCGUUGCGUCCAAUCUCGUCGUCCAGGACGAGACGCGCAUAUUCCCCACCGCCCCAAUCACCAUGGAAUUGUCAAAUUUAGCAGGGGGCGCAUGAUCUCCAUGGAUUCCUACUUGCUAAACACAGGAUCAUUAGCAAGUUCUAAGCAAAUAAAGCAGCCGAUGUGAUUGGGAUGGA